UAUCAACAGUGAGUGUCACAUUUAUCCUAUAGUGUCUUUAAUUUAGCUAUGUAACAGUUGCUUUUAUUGUGAAAGCCGGAAGUGUUAUAGCGGAAGUUGGCCUAGCCGGAGGAGACACUAGUGCGGACAGACAUUAUUGGGAAGGCUGUGGACCAUCACUGGGCGUUUUUUCCCCCCCCUCUUUUUCCGCCGCCGUUACGUGUCGUUUACCGGCGACUACCUCCGGGAUGACGUCGGCACGGCACGUCGAGCCAAAAGCGUCUCCCGCCCGGAGAUGUUACGCGGUGGAAACCGUUAGGAAGUGAGCGACAAUGACCGCAUUCCAGCAGCUCGUUUGGGCAAAUUAGCUGGUUAGCAUGUUUGUUUUUUUUCGCGUGUCACCUCCGUGAAAGUCAAUAUUUUUCACGUUUUUUUUCCUUUUUAUUGUCAGCCUCCGUGGAUUUAAAUGCACGUGGAAUAUAAGCAGAAGAGGAUAAAAACCGUGAGGUUUUUUUUCCCACGCUAGACAUGCCCGGUCUAUGGAGCCGAACUGGGCGAGUCUAAAAAGGCUUUUUUUUUUUUUUUUUUUUUUUAAAUUAUUCCUAGUAUUAUUAUUUAUUACUUUUUUUUUUGGAUGAUUUUAAAGACGAGGAGCUGAUCAGGAGUCAUCAUGGGGGAGCCCAGCCUGGACGACUCCAACGUCAAGGUGGCGGUUCGUGUUCGGCCCAUGAACCGGAGAGAAAAGGAAUUGAACACCAAGUGUGUGGUGGAGAUGGUGAAGAACCAGACCAUCCUCAAUCCGGCGGGGACCAACCUGGGCAAGAGCGACUCCAGGAAUCAGUCCAAGGUGUUUGCAUACGACUACUGCUUCUGGUCCAUGGACGAGUCGGACCAAGAGAAGUUUGCCGGUCAGGAAGUGGUGUUUCAGUGCCUUGGGGAAAGUCUUCUUCACAAUGCCUUCCUGGGCUACAACGCCUGCAUCUUUGCCUAUGGACAAACUGGUUCCGGAAAGUCCUACACCAUGAUGGGUUCUGGGGACCAGCCGGGCCUCAUUCCCCGGCUUUGCAGCGCGUUGUUUGACCGAACCCAGACGGAACAGCGGGAGCAGGAGAACUUCACCGUGGAGGUUUCCUACAUGGAGAUCUACAACGAAAAGGUCCGGGAUUUGCUGGAUCCAAAAGGCGGCAGACAAACACUGAGGGUCCGAGAGCACAAAGUGUUGGGUCCCUACGUGGACGGCCUGUCUCGGCUAGCGGUGGCGUGCUACAAGGACAUUGAGUCUCUGAUGUCGGAGGGGAAUAAAUCUCGCACAGUGGCCGCCACCAACAUGAACGAGGAGAGCAGUCGGUCGCACGCCGUCUUCAACAUCAUCCUCACGCACACGCUCACAGACGUGCAGUCUGGGACCAGCGGUGAGAAAGUGAGUCGUUUGAGUUUGGUCGACUUGGCCGGAAGUGAGCGAGCGGCAAAAACCGGAGCGGCGGGAGAGCGCCUGAAGGAGGGAAGCAACAUCAACAAGUCUCUGACGACCCUCGGUCUGGUGAUCUCCGCCCUCGCAGAACAAGGGACAGCCAAGAACAAGAACAAGUUUGUUCCCUACAGGGACUCGGUCCUGACAUGGCUGCUGAAGGACUGCCUCGGGGGCAACAGUCGCACCGCCAUGGUGGCGACUGUGAGCCCGGCGGCGGACAACUACGAGGAGACGCUGUCCACGCUGCGCUACGCCGACCGAGCAAAGAGCAUCGUCAACCACGCCGUGGUCAACGAGGACCCCAACGCUCGCAUCAUCAGGGAGCUCCGGGAGGAAGUGGAGAAGCUGCGAGUACAACUCACUCAAGCUGAGUCGCUGAAAGCCCCCGAGCUCAAGGAGCGUCUGGAGGAGUCGGAGAAGUUGAUUCAAGAGAUGACCAUCACGUGGGAGGACAAGCUUCGCAAGACGGAGGAGGUCGCGCAGGAGCGUCAGAAGCAGCUGGAGAGUCUUGGCAUUUCCCUGCAGUCGUCAGGAAUCAAAGUGGGCGAUGAUAAGUGCUUCCUGGUCAACCUUAACGCGGAUCCGGCGCUCAACGAGCUGCUGGUGUACUACCUCAAGGAGGACCACACCCAGGUGGGCUCUGCAGACUCCCAGGACAUCCAGCUGUGCGGGAUGGGCAUCCAGGCCGAGCACUGCGUCAUCGACAUCACAGGCGACACCGCCGUCGCCCUCACCCCCUACCCCAACGCCCGGACGUGUGUAAACGGGUCCCCGGUGACCGCCGCGCUGCAGCUUCACCACGGCGACCGCAUCCUCUGGGGAAACAACCACUUCUUCAGGAUAAAUCUGCCCAAGCGGCGCGCGCGGGCCGCUGAGGACGAGGAGGGUGACGGCGGCGGGAUGAAGAAGAGCGGGAGCAGCGAGCAGCUGGACGCGGACGGCGACACCGCCAGUGAGGUGUCCAGCGAAGUCAGCUUCUCCUACGAGUUCGCCCAGACCGAAGUCAUGAUGAAGGCUCUCGGCAACAACGACCCCAUGCAGAGCAUCCUGCAGUCCCUGGAGAGGCAGCACGAGGAGGAGAAGCGCUCUGCUCUGGAGCGGCAGAGGCAGAUGUACGAGCAGGAGCUCCAGCAGCUCCGGCGGAAGCUUAAUCCCGACCGCCUGUCCUCGGGCCACACGGCGCCGCCGGCAUGCGGCCAGCAACAGUCGCACUAUCGCAGCAUGGAGCGGCUCAGCGUUGGCGGCAUGAGCCAUUCCAACAGUGCCCAGAGCCGACUGAGACAGUGGAACGACGAAAGGGAGGCGGUGUUGCUGCGGAGUUUGCGGCGGCUGCGGGAGCAAAUAGUGCGAGCCAACCUCCUGGCGCAAGAAGCCUGCUUCAUCGCCGACGAGCUGGAGCGCCACACCGAGUACAGGGUCACCCUCCAGAUCCCCUCAGACAAUUUAAACGCCAACCGCAAGAGGGACGCCGUGCUCAGCGAACCGGCCAUCCAGGUACGACGCCGCUGCCGCGGGAAGCAAAUCUGGAGUUUGGAGAAAAUGGAGAACCGCCUGGUGGACAUGAGGGAACUGUACCAGGAGUGGCAGGACUACCAGCACCAUGACCACGACAACCCAAUGAUGCGCUCGUAUUUCCGCCGGGCCGACCCCUUCUUUGACGAGCAAGAGAACCACAGCCUGAUUGGCGUCGCCAACGUCUUCUUGUCCUGCCUUUUCUACGACGUCAAGCUGCAGUACGCUGUUCCCAUCAUCAACCAGAAGGGGGAGGUGGCCGGACGUCUCCAUGUGGAGGUGGUGAGGGUGGGAGGGGCUUUAGAGGACAACAUUGCCGGGGGAGACGAUCCUGACAACAACCUGGACUCUGAAAUCCAGGACCGCAAACUCGUCUGUAUGAUCAAGAUCCUGCAAGCCACGGGUCUCCCCCAGUACCUGUCCAACUUCGUCUUCUGCCAGUACUCCUUCUGGGACCAGUCCGAGCCCAUCAUCGUUGGUCCUGAGGUGGACCCCUCGUCCUCGUCGCCCAGCACCAAGGACCCGCACUGCAUGGUGGUGUUUGACAGCUGCAAGGAGCUGGCCGUGUCCGUGUCCGAGGAUUUCAUCGAGUACCUGACGGAAGGAGCGGUGGCCAUCGAGGUGUUUGGACACAGGCAGGCCGACGCAGGCAGGAACCCCGCCUUGUGGGACCUCAGCAUCAUCCAGGCUAAGACCCGAACACUAAGAGACAGGUGGAGCGAGGUAACGCGGCGUCUAGAACUCUGGAUCCAAAUCCUUGAGAUUAACGAAAACGGAGACUUUGUCCCGGUGGAAGUCAUCCCUGGCAGAGACGUAAGCACCGGAGGAAUCUUCCAGCUUCGCCAAGGUCAGGCCAGGAGGAUCCAGGUGGAGGUGCGCUCCGUCCAGGACUCGGGCACCAUGCCUCUGAUAGCGGAGAUCGUGCUGGCGGUGUCGGUGGGCUGCGUGGAGAUCACGCCCACCAUAAACGGCCAGGAGGGAGACGACAUGGACAGUUAUCAGGAGCGAGACCUGGAGCGCUUGAGACGUCAGUGGUUGGCAGCUCUCACCAAGAGACAGGAAUACUUGGACCAGCACCUGCAGAGUCUUGUCAGCAAAGCAGAAAAAAGCGAGGACGACAUGGAGAGAGAGGCGCAGCUGCUGGAGUGGCGCCUGACUCUGACAGAAGAGCGCAAUGCGGUCAUGGUGCCCUCUGCUGGUAGCGGCAUUCCCGGCGCGCCUGCAGAAUGGGUUCCUCUUCCGGGCAUGGAGACUCACAUUCCGGUCCUCUUCCUGAACCUCAAACCCGACGACCUCAGCUCUCAGGACCAGUUUGAGGUUCCCGACGCAGGGGGCUGGGACGCCACGCUGUGCGGCGAAGACGAGGACGACUUCUUCGACCUGCAGAUUGUCAAACAUUACGACGGCGAGGUGAAGGCGGAGGCGUCGUGGGACUCCACCGUUCACGAGUGCCCCCAACUGAGCCGAGGAGGCGCCUGGCCCGACAACCGCGUCUUCCUCACCGUGCGAGCGGUGGUGCAGCUCAGCCACCCCGCCGACAUGCAGCUGGUCCUGCGGAAGAGGAUCUGCGUCCACGUCAACCCCGGCCGCCAGGGCUUUGCACACAACUUCCUGAGGAGGAUGUCCGCCCGCAGCACCAUCCCCGGCUGCGGCGUCACCUUCGAGGUGGUGUCCAACAUCCCCGGGGACGCCCCCGGGACGGAGGACAGGGAGAUGCUGGCCCGCCUGGCCGCCAGCAGCCAGUCAGCAGAGGAUGAGGCCGCCAUUGAGAAGUACCUGAGGAGCGUGCUCAGUCUGGAGAACAUCCUCACACUGGAUCGCCUCAGACAGGAGGUAGCAGUGAAGGAACAGCUUGCUGCAAGAGGCCGAAGUAACAGACGGAGUAUCAGUUCCCCGUCUGUAAACCGGUUGUCUGGAAGCAGACAGGACCUGUCCACAACCUGCCUGCUGGAGGACAAGGGUCGAUGGGAGAGCCAACAGGACAUCUUCAUGCCCUCUCAGUUCCACCGCCCCCUCCCCCGCCCCGCCUCCUCGCCCUCCACCUACUGCCCCCCCUCCUCCAGCCCGCCCUCCGCCGUCAUCGGCCCGAACGACCAGGAGGCAGAGCAAGUGAAGGCGUUGGUUCCUCAGAUGCCCAAACUGCUCAAGUCUCUGUUCCCGGUGCGGGACGACAAGAAGGGGCUGAGGCCGUCGCCGCACAGCCAGCAGCACGUGCCCCGCAUCCUGUCGCCACCAGGGGGCGACGAUGGCAAGAUGAAGGCGGACAACACGGCCGCCCUCCUGCGAGACCGACGGUCCGACCAGUCGGAAGUCCCGCCUCUUCCUGUGCAUGACCCGCAUGACAGCGCCCCCCUCAGCCCGCUCAGCCAGUCGUCCAGCGGCUACUUCUCCGCUAGCGUCUCCACGGCGACCCUGUCUGACGCCCUGCAGCCCUCGCCCUCCUCGUCCUCCUCCCUGCUCGCCGCCGACGCCGCUCCCCCUCCUCCUCACCGCAACGGCGUGACCGCAGACGACUUCCUCCCCGUGCAGACUCCGGCCCGAGGAGGCCCGGCGGACGGGGGGGAGCGUUGCCGCGACGACGCGGCGCCCGACUGGCUGGCGGAGGGCGUCCACGUGACCAUCGGGAGCAGCAAGGCGGGGACGGUGCGCUACGUGGGAGCCACGCAGUUUGCGGAGGGCGUGUGGGCGGGGGUGGAGCUGGACUCCCCAGUGGGCAAACACGACGGCUCGGUUGGGGGACGCCGCUACUUCCAGUGUCGAGCGGCGCACGGCGUGAUGGUUCGCCCGGACCGCCUGACGCGGCGAGAUCGCAACGGGCGGCGGACGCAGGACGUCGGCGCCCCGGGUCACGUCCCCGUCCUGAGAGGCGAGAACCGCAAGUCGUGGAGCAGCUGAGACGCCAUCUUUGUAGCGUGAAGUCAGGAAGUCAGUAGGAGGAGCCUUUUUCCUUUGAGGUUUUUUUUUUCACCCAGAAUGCAUUGCUGCAGCCUCGCUCCACCUUCCCGGUCCUCCCACGGCGUGCCUUCAUGAGGCCACCUCAGGGACUGCAGGUUUGUGCCGCCACCACACUUUUUGUGUGCAAUACGCUCGCCCGCCAUCUUGGUGUGCCAACUGGGGGGGAAAAAAUGACACCGCUCUUAUUUUGAAAGGACUCUUAUUUUGGCGGGGAAGCGUUGUAAAAAUGAAGUCCGCCACAAAAAACUUUCCAGUGAACAUUCCAGAGACUUCAACUCGUGAUUUAUUUAUGGACGUCGAUCUGACAAGUGGCAAGGCCCACUUCCUGCCGGGGAAUAGGCUCCGCCCACCGCACAGGAAGUCUUCCAUGCCUGGCGACAGGAAGUGACGCUCGUCGGGCCUUCUCGUGUUAUUGAACUUUUUAUGCUGACGACUCGUCAAAGAGGCGGGUCGGUAAACUGUUGCUAUGACGACGAUAGCGACACAGAAGUACGGAGAUGAAAAUCACGCCAACGACGUUAGGAUCACGCUAAAGGAACAUUUUGUCGUAGUGUUACAAAAGUAAUAUCAGUCUUUUUACAAAUAUAACUUUACUCUCAUGCAAAUAUUUUUCUUGGAAAAAAGAAAAAAAGACUUGUCGUACAAAUACGACUUUUUAUUCUGACAACUUUUUGCUUAUUUUUUCAUUACGACUUUUUUCUUGACAUUUUUUCUCACCGUUACAUUAUCUUCUUUGCAACAUUGCAAUGUUUUUCUCAUACGAUUACUUUUUUUCCCCAACAAAUAUAACUUUGACGUAGUAUUACGACGUUUUGUCACAUUGCGACGUUUUGUCACAUUACGAUGUUUUGUCACAUUACAACGUUUUGUCACAUUACGACAUUUUGUCACAUUACGACAUUUCGUCACGCUACGACAUUUUGUCACAUUACUAUGUUUUGUCACAUUACGACAUUUCGUCACACUACGGCGUUUUGUCACAUUACGACGUUUUGUCACAUUACGACGUUUUGUCACAUUACGACGUUUUGUCACAUUACGUUUUGUCCCAUUACGACAUUUCGUCACACUACGGCGUUUUGUCACAUUACAUUUUGUCACAUUACUACGUUUUGUCACUUUACGACGUUUUGUCACAUUACGACGUUUUGUCACAUUACGACGUUUUGUCACUUUACGACGUUUUGUCACAUUACGAUGUUUUGUCAUAUUACUACGUUUUGUCACUUUACAACGUUUUGUCACAUUACGACGUUUUGUCAC